AUGCUGCGGUACCUGCUGAAGACGCUGCUGCAGAUGAACCUGUUCGCCGACUCGCUGGGAGCCGAAGGCUCUAACUCCUCCUCGCUCCUGCUCGGCAUCAACAGCUCCAUCGCCGCGCUCCACCUGCCCGAUCUCGUCCCCGGUAACGGAUCCCACGCCCAGCUGGAGGACACGGCUCCCCGCAUCGUGGAGCACCCCACGGAUGUCCUGGUCUCCAAGGGGGAGCCGGCCACACUGAGCUGCAAGGCCGAGGGACGCCCGGCCCCGGUGGUGGAGUGGUACAAGGACGGCGAGAGGGUGGAGACGGACCGGGAGGAUCCCCGCUCCCACCGCACCCUCCUCCCGGGAGGGUCCCUCUUCUUCCUCCGCAUCCUGCACGGGAGGCGGGGAAAGCCCGACGAGGGGGUUUAUGUCUGCGUGGCCAGGAAUUACCUGGGGGAAGCCACCAGCCGGAAUGCUUCCCUGGAGGUGGCCGUGCUGCGGGACGAGUUCCGACAGCCCCCGGGGGACGUGGUGGUGGCGGCGGGAGAACCGGCCGUGCUGGAGUGUGUCCCGCCCCGCGGCCACCCCGAGCCCAGCGUCUCCUGGAAGAAAAACGGAGUCCGGGUCAGCGACAAGGAUGAGCGCCUGACGAUCCGUGGUGGGAAGCUGAUGGUGGCCAGUACUCACAAGGGCGAUGCUGGCGUCUAUGUCUGCGUGGCCACCAACGUGGUGGGGGAGAGGGACAGCGAGCCGGCCAAGCUGGUGGUCUUUGAGCGCCCAGCGUUUGGCAAGAGGCCCCACAACCAGGUGGUGCUGGUGGAGGGGACGGCGGAGUUUGCCUGCGAGGUGGCGGGGGAUCCGCAGCCGGCGGUGCGCUGGCGCAAGGAGGAGGGUGAAAUGCCACUGGGAAGGUGGGAGAUGCUGCCAGACAACACCCUGCGGAUCAGCCGGCUGCAGGUGGAGGAUGAGGGCACCUACACCUGCGUGGCUGAUAACAGCGUGGGCAGGUCUGAGGCAUCGGGCACCCUCACUGUGCAUGUGCCCCCGCAGCUUGUCACCGGGCCCCAAGACCAAGCUGUCACCCCUGGCCAGAGCGUGACUUUCCAGUGCCAGAGCAAGGGCAACCCACCACCUGCUGUCUUCUGGCAGAAGGAGGGGAGCCAGACCCUGCUGUUCCCGGGCCAGCCCCCAAUCCCUUCUGGCCGUGUUUGGGUGAGCCCCAGCGGUGCUUUGACCAUCAUCAACGUCCAGCCUGGAGAUGCUGGCCACUACCUCUGCCAGGCUAUCAGCGUGGCCGGCAGUGUCCUGGCCAGGGCCAGCCUGGAGGUGACAGGAGCACCCACCGAAUUCCAGCCGCCGGUGCUCAGCCUGCUUCCCGCUAACCGGACAGUGCUGCCAGUGGGGGCCACAGUGCGGCUGCCUUGUGGAGCGGGGGCCCAUGAGCCCCCAGGCAGCGUGGGGUGGCUGAAGGAUGGCAGUGCCCUGGUAGGUGUCCAGCCCCGUGCCAGCCUGCUGGAGAACGGCACCCUGCAGAUCACCGGCCUCCGGGUGAGAGACUCCGGGCUCUACAAGUGUGUGGCCACCAGCCCAGCGGGUGAGACACACUGGGGCAUCUCCUUGGAGGUACAAGGUGGUGAAUCCGACCUCUCCCUGUCUUCCCCUGUACCCGAUCUCCUCCCUGGGCCACCCUCCACCCCUGUGGUCACCAACAUUACCAAAAGCAGUGUCACGCUGAGCUGGAAAGGGAACGAGGACAAUGGUGCCACCGACGUCACCUCUUACAUAGUGGAGGCUUUCAGCCAGGCGGUGGGUGGCCCGUGGCAGACAGUGGCAUCUGAUGUGGAGAGUGAGACCCACACAGUGACUGGCCUUGUCCCUGACACUGUCUACCUGUUCUUGGUGCGGGCGGUCAAUGCCCACGGGCUCAGCGACCCCAGCGGCGUCUCGGAGCCUGUGCGCACCCAAGACACCAACCCCAUGCAGCAAGGGCUGGAUCCUGAGCAGGUGCAGCAGGAGCUGGCACAAGUGGCUGUGCACCUGAAGGAACCUGUGGUGCUGCCACUGGGCACUGUCCACCUCUCCUGGACCGUGGAGCACCAGGCACCCUUCCUUCAGGGCUACCGGGUGCUGUACCGGCAGCGUGGUGGGCGCUGGGAGGAGGCACGGACGGUAUGGGCGCCAGGGGAGCGGGGGGCCCUGCUCACCGAGCUGCGCCGGGGCCAGGACUACGAGGUCAAGGUCCGACCCUAUUUUCAUCACCUCCACGGUCCCGACAGCGCUGUGCGAGCUCUGCACACCCCUGAAGCGGCCCCCAGUGCCCCACCACGAGCUGUCAGUGUGGCUGGGAAUGGUACCAGUGUCCGCAUCUCAUGGCAGCCCCCACCUCUGGCAGAGCAGAAUGGGGUCAUCCGUGAUUACCGGAUUUGGUGCUUGGGCAACGAGAGCCGCUUCCACAUCAACCAGAGCGUGGAGGGGACGGUGCUGGCAACAGUGCUGCAGGGACUUGUCCCCGGGGUCUCUUACCGUGCUGAAGUUGCUGCUGCCACCAGUGCUGGUGUGGGUGCCCGCAGUGCCCCUGUCCCCAUCCACAUCGCCCCCCUGGUGGAGCAAGAUGUGGGGCCAGCAGGUGGGAGCAGCUUGACUGAGCAUUUAGCAGAGGUAGCCAGGCAGCCAGCCUUCAUUGCCGGCGUUGGUGGCGCUUGCUGGGUCAUCCUCGCUGCCUUUGCUGCUUGGCUCUACAGCCGCCGCCGGAGGAAGAAGGAGCUCAGCCACUUCACCGCAUCCUUUGCCUACACGCCCACCGGUAAGCCCGUAAGUGCUGCGGGGUCCCAGUACGGCCUCUCGCUGCCCUCACCCCCAUCUCUUUCCACAGUCAGCUUCCCAGCUCCAGUGCGCAGCAACCCCAGGGCAGCUGCCGGCGGUGGUUACCCGUGGCUGGUGGAUGCGUGGCGUGGUGGCAGCACAGCCAGUUCUGCCGGUUGUUUGGGGAGCACUGAGAGAUACUACAAUGAUGCCGGCAUCACCCGUUACAUCGCCCAGACAGAACAGUUUGGAGUGGGGGCUGGCGAGGGGCCGGUUUACAGCACCAUCUCGGCUGACAGUGAGGAGAUCUGCACAUUCCCCCGUCCCUUCUCACAGUAUGGGACCUCCUACCCUGGGGGCGGUUCCCAGCCAAUGGAUGCUGCAGCCUCCCAGGUGCCCCGUGGCCGGGCUGAGCACGGUAGGGUGGCUGGAGGGGUGGGGGCACACAUGGGUGCUCGUGGGGCCAGAGCAAAACUGGGGCAAGCAGUGAAACCACCGGUGGUGAGCUGGACAGAGCUGCUGCCCCCGCCACCCUCAGCCAGUGAACUCAGCCAGUGUGCCCAGGAGGAGGAGAAGGAGGAGGAAGAGGAGGAUGAAGAGGAGUGGUCUCCACCCUGCAGGCUGGGGAUGGAGGUGUGGUACCCUGGUGAGGACAUCCCCUGUGCCACUGCUGCAUCCUCACCCACCACCUCCUCUGGCUGCCGUUCCACCGCCACGCUGACACCAUCACCUCGCACCACAGAGGACAUCCCUCGCCUCCGCGACUUCGAUAGCUCCCUCCUGCCCCGGUAGGAGAUGGGCCUUGCUUGGAGACCCCCCCAUGGUGUCAG